AAGUGGGAGGCGCACUCGCACACGUUUCGAGCGCUGCUGUGGGCGCGCGCCGCCGCGGCUCCGGUUCUGGCCGUGACAGCCCUGCCGGGGAGAGCAUGAACGCCUUCAGUAAGUGCUGGGAUGGAUGAGGAGGGUUCGUGCCAGAGCAGCCCGGACUGACUGCGUGCCGUUGCGCCUCCGCCAUGGUGGCACCUUUGCGCACUUUCCAGAUCCAGGGAAGGGACAGCAGCGGCAGAGAGGCGAAACACCUGCGCUGAAACCUGCAGAUAGCAGCUUCUGUCAUGGAGAGACCGAGCAAAGUCAGGGAUGAAGCGAAGGAGGAGAAGCGCAAAGAGAAGAAGACUAAACCCGGGAAGCUUUUUCGAAAGAAAUCGCUCAAGUCCGUGGGGAGCCUCAUGAACAGAAUCAUCAAAACUUUGGGCACUUUCACGCACUUUGGAGACGCUGACGCGCAGGACGCGGAGGACGACGACGGGGGGUUUGGAAAUGGCGCACCUUGCACCCUCAGUGCCAGCUCAGGGAUCAUCAAAAGCGAUACCCAGGGGGCCAAGAAGCCCCCGAGCACCUCUUCCUCUCUGUGCACCGGCAGAGAAAAGCUCCUCUACCAAUACGGAGACAAAGUCCCGGGCGUGCUGGGGCUGAAAAACCACGGCAACACCUGCUUCAUGAACGCGGUGGUCCAGUGUCUGAGCAACACCGACCUGCUGGCUGAGUAUCUGGGGCUGGAGCGCUACAGGAUGGACCUGGGCCAAAGCAGGAUCAACGGAGUGGUGACGAGCGGGGAGCCGAGGCGCGUCAGUGGAGAGGUGACGGAGCAGCUGGCCUCGCUGGUGAGGGCGCUGUGGACGCUGGAGUACACCCCACAACUGUCUGUGGACUUCAAGACAGUCGUGUCCAAAUACGGAUCGCAGUUUCGUGGGAAUUCCCAGCAUGACGCCCUGGAAUUCCUUUUGUGGCUGCUGGAUCGAGUCCACGAAGACGUUAUCCUGGCACCUCACAAUAACAACAACAAGGUCAAAGCUCCUGAGAAGGGUCCCGCUGGAGCUGAUGAGGAGCCUGAUCCCAGCCAGUGUCAGCAGCUCAGGGUCCAGCACAGCUUUGUCCAGGAACAUUUCCAGGCGCAGUAUAAAUCAUCCCUGACCUGCCCCCACUGCCUGAAACAGAGCAACACCUUUGACCCCUUCCUCUGCAUCUCAUUACCGAUCCCUCUCCGCCAGACCAGGCCGCUGUGUGUGACGCUGGUGUUCAGCAGCAAAGGCCAGAGGUAUCUGCGGGUGGGGCUGGCGGUGCCUCUGUUCGGCUCUGUGGCCAGCCUGAGGAGGAUGGUGGCUGACGAGGGGAAACUCUCCCUGGACCAGGUGAUCCUGACAGAGGUUUACUCCACAGGAUUUCAGCGCUCCUUCUUUGAUGAAGAUGAUCUGACGAGCAUCGCGGAGAACGAUGUCAUCUACGCCUUCCAGGCUCCGCCGCUCUACAUCAGAGGCGGCUCUGCCAGGAUCUCAGGGUACCAUCACAGCCUGCCAUCAUCCCCAUACUUCACUGGUCCUGAAGGUCAAAGGUUACCUCCAUCUGGAACGUUGUCAUCUGAGUUCCUCAAUCAGGGAGUCGCUGUCAAGAUUCUUCUGUUGGUGUGCAACGCUGCAGGAGCCGGCCAACAGACUACCAGGUUUGGACCUCCGUUUCUAAUGAGGGAGGACCGGUCUAUUUCCUGGGAACAGCUGCAGCAAAGCAUCCUCAGCAAGCUGUAUUACCUGAUGAUUAAUGGAGCGCAGGCGCAGAAUGCCAGAGUGCUUUUCAACAUCCGUGUGGUGGGAGGCUCCGCCUUCUACAGCUACCUGUCGCCUCAGGAUGCUCGGCCGCUCUACCACCCUGCUGUGGAGAGAGCUCUGAAGCUGUGUGGUUCUGGUGGACCUCCUCACGUGAAGCUGAUCAUCGAGUGGGAGCACAGAAUCAAAGACUGCCUGUUCGGUAACAUCCACGAGGAGGUGGUGAAGGACGCCGAGAGCGUGAGGAGUCUGCAGCAGCAGCACGUCCAGCAGCACAGCUGCACCCUGGACGAGUGCUUCCAGCUCUACACCAAAGAGGAACAGCUUGCCCCAGAUGACGCCUGGAAAUGCCCACACUGCAAGCAGCUGCAGCAGGGCAUGGUGAAGAUGAGCCUGUGGACUCUGCCCGACAUCCUCAUCCUCCACCUGAAGCGCUUCAGGCAGGUGGGCGAGCGCAGGAACAAGCUCACCACCUUUGUGCACUUUCCCCUGGCGGGUCUGGACAUGACGCCACACAUGGUGCACCACAACAACGGCCCCCAGCAGCCCGGAUGGAGCCAGUCCAGAAGGCCCGACCCGGCUCCUCCUGACUUCCUGUAUGAUCUGUACGCCGUCUGCAACCACCACGGAGGGAUGCACGGCGGCCAUUACACAGCCUUCUGCCGUAACUCCGUGGACGGUCAGUGGUACAGCUAUGACGACAGCAGCGCCGAGUCGGUUCCAGAGGCCGAGGUGUGCACCAGAGGAGCUUACAUCCUCUUCUACCAGAAAAGAAACACCAUCCCUCCCUGGUCAGCCAGCUCCUCCGUCACCGGAUCCACCAGCUCGUCCAUCUCUGACCACUGGCUGGUGCGACUGACUGAGGGCAGCAUGAGGGGCAGCGUGGGGUCAGCCGACCCCAGUCCAGUUCUUUUGGAUCCCCAACAGGCUUCAGAGUCUCCUGAGUUGCCAGUGUUCAGAGACGAAGCGCCCAGAACUGCAGAAACAAACGCUUUCGGAGCGAACCGCUUUGUCCGAGGAACCCAGGGCAGGAGUUUAAGCAUGAGAUCUCCAACUACGUCUAAAGAAACCCUGAACAAAGUUCUCCCACUGCGGUGGUCCUUUGGGUCCAAAGACCGCAUCAAGAACUCGGUCCAAACCCAGUCGGAGGAGCUGGUGGAGUACCUGGAGUCCGGGCGCAGACCGAGGUGCACCAAAGACCCCAUCAUCGCGCUGGUGGCCACGCCCCCGCUGAGAAACGCACGCGGCAGGAUACUUGAGGCGGGGCAGGACUGCAGCUCACCGAGCGGCAGCAGCCUGAGCGGCACCGACAGACUCAGCACAGAUAUUUGUUACUCCCCUAAGAUCCCAGAAGGACAGAGCAGAAGCUGUGUGGACAGAAUCCUCAGCCUGAGAGGAGCUGACGGAGGUCAGAGUGCGUCCAGAGAGGACGACUCUCUGAGGCCGGCUCUGCUGAAGAGACUGAGACCAGAGCAGGCCAGGCUGUUGGACUUCCAGCUCCACAAAGGGGCCAUUCUGGGAGGUCAGAUAAGCUAUAGUGCCCCUCCAAGCAGAGACUCCACACUGAGAAGAACCAAGGUCCAAACAGGAGGGCCCUCCAGAGGCCAAAAAGACUCAGUCCAGGGCGGUGUGCAGCCUGAGGACAGGAGGGAUCAGGGAGGAGAGGAGGGCUCAAGUCAAGACCUCCUCCUGUCCCAUUUGAAGCCGGUUUUCAUGAAGAAAGACAUUCCUCACUCUCCAGUCAAGCUGCAGGAGAGGCGAAUGAACGGACACCUGGGGAAGCUGGCGAGCAGCAACUUAGCCAAACUCUCCCUGUCCAACGGGACGCUGACCGCCGCGGCACUGGAGGAGAAGAGAGGCGGCUGCGUCCACAACUGCGACAGCCGUCUCUGCAAGCUUCAGCUGCUGAACGGGAAAGCUGGGAGUCUGGACCCCGUGGACAUCCAGCGGGCUCACAGCUCCAGCAGCAAGCUGGACUUGACUUUCCGCAGGUGCGCCUCCCUACAGAGGAACGGGGAGGUGGCGGCUCCACCGCCGCACCGCCUCCUGCUGCCGGACAAGCCGGGCUCCUCCACGCUGCAGCGGGCGCGGUACAGCACCACCUCGCUGGGGAGGCACAGACUGGUCCCCGAGGCCUGCUCCUGAGAGCCGUUUGAAGGGAGUCGUGUAAGCACAAACAGUGUGUUCAAUGCAGCCUUACCUCUCAGUCAUCACACCUGGAUGUUUAUUAUUGAUUUUCCACAGCCUAUCACAUGACUUACUACGGCUUUUUUCUGUCAUAAGUGCCUAUGUGACAGUUCAGAAUGACCCACUCACGGCUUCCAGAGAUUCACCCAGCAGGAGGCGCCGCUUGACACCUCCUCCUCCUCCUCCUCCUCCUCCUCCAUCAUCAGUUCUGUGUCUUAAACUCAAACUAUGCAGAGAUGCAUGCAAGAGAAUGAGGGAAAACACCGUUUUGUUCGUCUAAAUCAUAAUUUAUUUUGUGUCUUUUACAAAGGGAUACAAUUAAUAUAAGCACUCAAAUGAUUGUUGUGGUAUAUUUUACUAAAACAGAAGGAUUUAUUUUGGAAAAACGGAUUGUUUUUAUUUUUGAAGCAAUGAGAAGGUCCUAACACUGCACUGUAACCUGCUGUAAGAACAUCCGUCUGUUGCAUUUUUCAUGCAGUUUCAUUGAUAAAUGAUUUCAACGGCUUCAUAUUUGAACUGUUACAUAAUGAUGUUAUUUUAAACCAUGUUUGAGUUAUUUUGGUUUUUUGUUUGUCGUUCAUUUAUUUUUCUGCUAUGUAACAUUUUUUUAAGUUAGAAAUGUUGGGUUUUUUUGUGGUAAGUUUCCUGUUUUUGGUUUGUUUUAGAUACCAUUGUCAUGGAAUGGAAGUUUGACUUUAAUUUUUUGGUUUUACAGUGUUUUCUUUUUUUAAAUAACCUUUGCUAUUCAAAUCAGUUUUAUUUAUAGAGCACUUUUCCUGCUACAGAACCAUUGACUAUAUAUAGAG